CAAAAGGAUCUCUCACCUUCAUUAGCUAGAUUUCCUUACCACAAGUUUCAGUCUGCUGUCAUCAGAAGUGUUGGUUUCUCAGGAAUAACUUCUGUGUCAGUGUAAUACCAUGUCCAUGCUCAAAGUCCUGUGCUGUGUGCUGUUAACGUCUCACUUCAAUGUGGGGAAGAAAAUCAAGGGACACAGAGGAGUGGACACAGAUCAGAGGGGAGUCCUGAGGGUGAACGAGCUGCAUGUCAGCAGUUCGGUCUUCAGGCUGUUUUUAGAAGGUGAAGACACCUGCACACUGGACCCUCUGCAGCUGCACACGCUCACCUCCUGUGGCUUCAACAGCAGUAAUCCCCUCAUCAUCAUCACUCACGGGUGGUCGUUGGACGGUAUGAUGGAGAGCUGGGUGCACAGGUUAGCUACUGCUGUGAAGACGGCUUUAAAAGUCAACGUGGUGAUUACUGACUGGCUGUCCCUGGCUCACCAGCACUACCCCACAGCUGUACAGAGCACCCGCACUGUUGGGAAGGACAUCGCUCACCUGCUGCAAUCACUUCAGGUACACUUCCAGUACCCGGUUAAAAAGGUUCAUUUGAUUGGCUACAGCCUCGGUGCUCACAUCUCUGGAUUUGCUGGAAGCUAUCUAGAGGGUUCACAGAAGAUAGGAAGAAUUACAGGUCUGGAUCCAGCUGGGCCUCUGUUUGAAGGCAUGUCUUCCACAGACAGACUGUCUCCAGAUGACGCUGAGUUUGUUGAUGCCAUCCACACCUUCACCCACGAGCGAAUGGGCCUCAGUGUGGGCAUCAAGCAGGCUGUGGCACAUUAUGACUUUUACCCCAACGGAGGAAACUACCAACCAGGAUGUGACCUGCAAGACAUUUACGAGCACAUAAGUACCUAUGGCCUCCUAGGUUUCGAGCAGAACGUGAAAUGUUCUCAUGAGCGCUCUGUUCACCUCUUCAUCGACUCGCUGCUGAAUAAAGACAAACAGAGCAUGGCCUACAGGUGCAGAGACCAAAGUGCUUUUAACAAAGGUGUGUGUUUGGACUGUCGGAAGAAUCGCUGCAAUACGCUGGGCUACGACAUCAAGAAGGUCCACAGCGGCACCAGCAAAAGACUCUACCUGAAAACAGGCCAGCGGAUGCCUUACAAACUCUAUCAUUAUCAGUUCAGGAUCCAGUUUGUUAACCAGAUGGUGGGGAUCGAGCCCUAUCUCACAGUCGCCCUCUCUGGAACAAAGGAGGAGAGUGGAGACUUCAACAUCGAUAUCACUGAAACGAUUUCAGGUAAUCAGACCUUUACCUUCCUGAUCACCCUGGACAAAGACUUAGGUGAUCUGAUGAUGCUCAAGUUGCGCUGGGAGGGAUCGGCAUUGUGGAAGAAAAUGUGGAACCGGGUGCAGACCUUCAUUCCCUGGGGCAGGGGGCAGAAGAAGCCAGUGCUAACAGUGGGACAUUUCAAGGUCAAAGCUGGAGAGACACAAGAGAGGACAUCUUUUUGUGCCAAGACGAAUGAUGGACAAGAACUUGAGAUUUCGCAAGACAAAAUAUUUGUUCGCUGUAAUGAUCACACAUCAACAAAACAGCGAAGAAGGAAACACAACUAACAGACUUGUAUGAUCAGUUUCCUGUUCAACAGACUGAAGAACUCUGAAAACUGGAUGACAUUCUGUGACCUUCUAAAUAUCUUAAGUUGACUUAAAGUUGUAGCCAUUAACAAAUAGCGGUAUGGUUUUAAGGGAGAGCUCAAUUCAGGGAAGCUGAAACUAGUUAAACUAGCAACUAAUGAAUACAAUGUUUACAAUUUAUAGAAGCAUGUCUAAAUUUGAAAAUGUGAUCUUUUUACUGGUAAAAUAAGUAUUGUUUGUGAUUUUUGCACCCUAACCAAACUGAAGUUUAAAGAGCAAGCAGAGAUCUACAUGUCAUCGAUGUCUACAAACAGCUCAGUGUUUGCCAAUUUAAAUAUUAACCAGACGGGACAAAAAGUCAACGACCUCUGGGUGAUGGUGAUCCCAGUCGUAUGUACAUUUCUGUUCUUUUUUUUUUCUGUAAAUGUUCUAUGUAAUAUUAUUGAACUCAUAAUUUAUGACCUCACAUUACUCUUGCCAAUAACAGUAUUUAAAUACAUUUUAAUCAAACUUCAACCAGAGCAAUAAAUAAACUAUGUUGUUUUCUA